AGUAAAGAAGGAAUUCUGGGAAAUUAGCAGCAAUGGCUGCGUUAUCAUCUUAGUUAUCAUGUAGUAUUUCUGCGUACUUGAUACAAAGUAACAAACCGAACCGGUCGGUGUAGGCCUGUAGCGACCUGUAGAGGAUUUUGUUGUCGUCACUGUCGUCAGUCUUCCUUCAGUCCUUGUCCUGCACGUAGUCGUUGGGGAAUGGUUGUUAAAAAUUGAAUUGAAGUAGGUACUUUGAUUGUUCGCAGUCCUCAUGUGCAAAUGCUAUAUGAAUGAGUGUCGUUUCUCGUGUAUCUUGCGAACAUUUGUCGUUGGUUGACGUGAAUUUUAGUUUUGGUAUUUAAAAUCGGUGCAUUUUUAAAUACAGACUUUUGUACUUUUGUUAUAUUGUGUAACACGUGUAACGUAUGAAAUUGUCCGUUGUUCCUGUUCGCAAUUCGCAUCUUGUGGAUAUUUUUCGUCAAAAAUUUGUCACCGUUGAGGUACAUACAUAUAAAAGGCUGAAAUCCGAUCUCAAGCGGUUCGCUCAGUAGUCAGUAGUGUUGUUGUAAGCGACUACGAUUGUUAUACACGAAAGUUGGAAUUUGUGCCAGUGCUGAAUCAAGAAUCAUCGAGAUGGCUGAAAUACCGCCCGUCGUCUACGAUAUUGCUCAACCAACCCCCAUCUCGUUGAAAGAACUAUCUGCCAUCGCCGUCAGCCUGGAAAUCUGUCGCAAUAGAAUGAACGGCACCAAGGAAAGAUUUGAUCCACUCUGUUUGGUCUUUAUCUUGUCAAAAACUGUGCUCCCUGAUUUGCCAUCGGCAAUUUAUGAUUUUAUCGAUGUAUAUGUAGGAAGAUUUGGGUUUUCAGCGUGUACAUGGCUCAGCAACCAUGAAAAUUCAGUUUUGAAAGUGUUUGACGAUUUCAUCGUCGAUUACAAUGGCACUAUCGACUUUGUCAGAACAGCCAAACGUAUGAUGCGUUGUGAUGGACUCGGCGAUGCUGAAAAAUUCACUAUUGCUUGUACGUACUUCUUCGAAGAUGAUAUCAGACGAAUUUGGCCAUCUGUAUGUGAGAGUUUCGACUUGAAUAGUAUAGACUUUGAUGAUUGCCCGCAAUUGUAUUAUUGGAUAUGCUGUCUCAGAAAUGAAACGAAUAAGAUACCUAACCGAGGAAACAGAUCUGUAGAUGAAGUUAUGCUUGACCAUCACAUGGUUGAGAAUAGAGCAUCUCUCGAGUAUUUCUGGAAUCGCGUAUCUGUGGAAAAUCAAAUGAGAAAAAUCAUAGACCUUUGCAAGCGUGAUACAAAAUUGGCAGUUACAUUCGUGCUAUCAAAACUGAACGAUCAACAGCUCGAUGAAUUUGCAAAUACAAAUGGUGACCUAUUGAUACUGGAGCUGUUGAAAAUUCGAAACCCUAAUAACUGGUUAGUUUUACCAGCGUGGUGGUAUAUUAGAGACAGAAUGAACGAAAGCACUCUCAAGAAACUGGUUGUUAACAUGUUAGAACUUGAAACAGUUGAAUACCCUGGUUUUAUGGUACCCAAGAUUUGCUAUAGUUUGGAAAUUUUCAACAGCAUCCCGCCUAAUUUAAAGCCAACCAUAGUCAAAGAUGUUUUAUCAAACACAAGGUUUUUUGAACGAAUGUUUGGUUAUAUAUUUAUACGUUUCGUUGGCUCACUGUUGAAUAUUAUUUCCUGUGGUACUUUUGAGCAGAGGAGCGCAUUUUGGCGUAACUGCUGGGUUCAUUUGAUCAAAGGCACCCGAAGUAAAGAUUUGGGUCAAAUAAUGAAACUUUGCUUCAAAAACGAAGAAGAAAUUGCACAGUUCAAGGAUACCGUUUUAGCUGAAAGUGAAAAUGUGCGUCUCUUGUGUAGCGAUUUACUUAGUUUGGGGAAGUUCGACGAAUUGAACGAUUUGGUGGACUUUUGUUGGCGCGAAGUGCGAACAGCGAAGAAUUUCAAGCAGCAGCUACUGCGAUCAUUUUUUGCCGAUGAAAAUAAUCAUAUUAUUUCUCGUAUAAGUAUCUUCGGCUUAGAACCGUUUCGUGUAUUUAUCAACACUGUAGUUGACAACGUUGAUGAAUUGAAUGAUUUCCAAAAUCGACUGACUCUGUACAAAUAUAAAAAACCUUGAUUUUUAAACGUUGAAUAAUGGUGAAAUUAUUCAUUUGAAUUAAUCUUGUGUAUAGUAUUUAGUAUCUAUGUAUAUAUUGACACUUGUUUUUACUGGACUAGUUUUAAUUAAUUUGCAUGUACAAAAUAAGGUAAAUUUUGUGUGGUAACUUGUUGAUAUUUUUUUUUUUAUUUUAGAAAAAAUUAAUAAAUACUUACA